GCCUCACUGACAAGAGACAAAGAUGAGUCUGUGGACACCGAUGUAAGCACAUCACGUCCCAAAAGAAAAAUUGUAAAAAAUUAUUUAUAUAUAAAAAAAAAAAAAAAAAAACACAGUCUUUGAUAAAGGGCCGAAAGUUAAAUCAAUGGUACAGAAAAGUAGUAUGUCCAGGACGCCUUCCACCUCGACCCAGGAGAUCCAAAUGGACAUGUUCGACCCCCAUCCUCAAUCACAGGGCAAGUACGCCAAGAGGAAGAGCCGCUUCAAACGCUCCGAUGGAAGCACCUCUUCCGACACCACGUCCAACAGCUUCGUCCGACAGGGCUCGGCAGACUCCUACACGAGCCGGCCGUCGGACUCCGACGUGUCCCUGGAGGAGGAUCCCGAGGCCCUAAGGAAGGAGGCGGACAGGCAGGCCCUCGCCACGCUCGAGAAAGCAAAGACUAAACCCGUCGCCUUUGCGGUGCGGACAAAUGUGGGCUACAACCCGGGCCCCAGCGACGACGUUCCUGUGCAGGGCAUGGCCAUAUCCUUCGAAGCCAAAGACUUCCUACACAUUAAAGAGAAAUACAACAACGACUGGUGGAUCGGGCGUCUGGUGAAGGAGGGCUGCGAGGUGGGCUUCAUCCCCAGCCCGGUCAAGCUGGAGAACACCCGCCUUCUACAGGAACAGAGGAUGAGGCAGAACCGACUCAGCUCCAGUAAAUCCGGAGGAAGCUCUAGCCUGGAUGUUGCCACGGGAACGCGCAGGCCCACCCCACCCGGUACAGCGCACGUGGACAUGCCCACGGUGACCUAUGACGUUGACCCCCUGGACCUUGAUGCCGAGGAGCUCCCUGAGUCGCAGGGGGACCCUCGCUCCCCCAAGGGCAUGUCCGGCAGCGUGACCUCGCCUCAGGCCAACACGCACCGGCUGCCCUUCUUUAAGAAGAUGGAGCAUGUGCCUCCCUAUGACGUGGUUCCUUCCAUGAGACCCAUCAUCCUGGUCGGACCAUCACUCAAAGGCUACGAGGUGACAGACAUGAUGCAGAAGGCUCUCUUUGAUUUCCUGAAACACAAGUUCGAGGGAAGGAUAUCCAUUACGCGGGUAACAGCAGACAUCUCGCUGGCCAAGCGCUCGGUCCUCAAUAACCCCAGCAAACAUACCAUUAUCGAGCGCUCCAGCACCCGCUCUAGCCUGGCUGAGGUUCAGAGCGAGAUCGAGCGCAUCUUUGAGCUGGCCCGCACGCUGCAGCUGGUGGCCCUGGACGCCGACACCAUCAACCACCCGUCUCAGCUGGCCAAGACCUCGCUGGCUCCCAUCAUCGUCUACAUCAAGAUUGCAUCACCUAAGGUUCUGCAGAGGCUCAUCAAAUCCAGGGGGAAAUCCCAAGCCAAACACCUCAACGUGCAAAUGGUGGCAGCUGACAAGUUGGCUCAAUGCCCCCCUGAGCUGUUUGACAUAAUCCUGGAUGAGAACCAGCUGGAAGACGCCUGCGAGCACCUGGCCGACUACCUGGAGGCCUACUGGAAGGCCACACACCCGCCCAGCAGCAACCCACCCAACCCGCUGCUCAACCGCACCAUGGCCACGGCCGCGCUGGCCGCCUCGCCCGAGCCUGUCUCCAACCUGCAGGGAUCCAACCUGGUGCACGGCGAGCCCCCCAAGCGGGAGGGGACGGAGUGCGGCGGGAGCGAAUACCACGGCGACCUGGGCGGAAAACCUCAGCAUCAGCAACACCAUCAACAACAACAACAACAGUCGUACCUGCGGUCCUCCCGCGGCCAACCCCGAGGGGGCAGCGGCCGCGGCCUAUCCCGGCAAGACACCUUCGACUCGGAGACGCAGGGCAGCCGUGACUCGGCGUACACCGAGGCCGGAGACUCCUGCAUGGACAUUGAGACCGACCCCUAUGAGGAGCCAGAGCCUUACCGCGGAGGAGGCGGCGGAGGAGGAGGCAGCCGCCUACACCUGGCGCAUCACCACGGGCGCCAGGCGUCCUGGGAAGACGAGGGAGCUGAGCCGGACCAGGAGAAUCUGAACCAGCCGCCAGCACCCAGUCAGGGAGGGCAGCAGCAUCACGGGCGAGCCAAGCUGAGGGAGCGCUACUGCCAGGAGCCGCUGGACACGGGGGCCAACAAGGGCCGCAACAAGAACCAGGAUGACUGGGGCAGGGACGUCUACAUCCGCUGA